CCCUGCCUGAACUUUCCAGUAAACACAGCGCACUGACAGACGGCAUCCCUGCUGGGUGGAUCCUGCAACUCCUGCAGGGAAUGGCACUUCUUGUUUUUAAUUAGCAAGGUGAAAGGUGAAUUAAAACUAGCAGUUUGGCAAGUCAGUGCAAGAGGCUGACUUCUGAGGCUUCAGCGAGCCAGAGGAGGAGAGCUCCACGGAGGAGGCAGUGCGUGUGCUCAGGUUUUUUUUCUUUCUUCUUCUUUUUUUUUUUUCUGAAUGAACCGCUGCCUAAGUGACUGAAAAAUACAGCUUCUCCUGAAUCUACCGGCUUAGCUGCUGAAGAGAGCCCUAGGCAGGACAUGGCUCUGAAGACUCACUCUUUGGAAUGUCCUCCUGUUCCAGGCUUAUAAACAACUGUCCUGAGAAAAGGAAGGCUCUACAUACCCAAAUACAGCCUGACAAAUGGCACUUUGGAACUGUGCUUUCUGAUGACAACGCGUUCGAUUUCUGACAAAGCCUCCAGCACGCUGUCCCCGGAGGGGAGUCCUGAGUAAAGCGCAGACCCUCCUAAAGUGAGGCGCAGCGGAGACGGUCUGCACCCAGGGCGCACAGCAUGGCUCCCGCGGGGCGCCUGGUCGUCACCUGGCUCCUGUGGGGUCCCUGCCUGGACCUCUGGACGGGAGGUCGCACAGCGGAAACCCCCCACCCCCGCUUACGCCUGUCGCAUCAAGAGCUCUUGGAUCUGAACAGAACAUCACUAUUUCAUAGCCCUUUUGGAUUUCUUGAUCUCCAUGCAAUGCUGCUGGAUGAGUAUCAAGAGCGACUCUUUGUGGGAGGCAGGGACCUUGUGUAUUCCCUCAGCUUGGAGAGAAUCAGUGAUGGCUAUAAAGAGAUCCUCUGGCCUAGCACAGCUCUCAAAGUAGAAGAAUGCAUAAUGAAAGGAAAAGAUGCAAGUGAAUGUGCAAAUUAUGUCCGGGUUUUGCAUCACUAUAACAGGACACACCUUUUGACCUGUGGUACUGGAGCUUUUGACCCCAUUUGCACCUUCAUCAGAGUUGGAUAUCAUUUGGAGGAUCCUCUGUUUCACCUGGACUCACACAGAUCUGAGCGAGGAAGGGGAAGAUGUCCUUUUGACCCCAGUUCCUCCUUCAUCUCCACUUUAAUUGGUAGUGAAUUGUUUGCCGGGCUCUACAGUGACUACUGGGGCAGAGACGCUGCAAUCUUCCGGAGCCUGGGCCGACUGGCCCACAUUCGCACUGAGCAUGAUGAUGAACGCCUGUUGAAAGAACCAAAAUUUAUAGGGUCAUAUAUGAUUCCUGACAAUGAAGACCGAGAUGACAACAAGGUGUAUUUCUUUUUUACUGAGAAGGCCCUGGAAGCAGAAAACAGCGCCCACACCAUUUACACCAGAGUGGGGCGGCUUUGUGUGAAUGAUGUGGGAGGGCAGAGGAUACUCGUGAAUAAGUGGAGCACUUUCCAGAAAGCCAGGCUGGUUUGCUCUGUCCCAGGAAUGAAUGGAAUUGAUACAUAUUUUGACGAAUUAGAGGAUGUCUUUUUGCUACACACCAGAGAUCAUAAGAACCCAGUGAUAUUUGGACUCUUUAACAUGACCAGCAAUGUAUUUCGAGGGCAUGCUAUAUGUGUCUAUCACAUGUCUGGCAUCCGGGCAGCCUUUAAUGGACCAUAUGCUCAUAAGGAAGGACCUGAGUAUCACUGGUCAGUCUAUGAAGGAAAGGUCCCUUACCCAAGGCCUGGUUCAUGUGCCAGUAAAGUAAAUGGAGGGAGAUACGGAACCACCAAGGACUAUCCUGAUGACGCCAUCCGAUUUGCAAGAAGUCAUCCCCUGAUGUACCAGUCCAUAAAACCUGCCCAUAAAAAACCAAUAUUGGUCAAGACAGAUGGAAAAUAUAACCUGAAGCAAAUAGCAGUGGAUCGAGUAGAAGCUGAAGACGGCCAGUAUGAUGUCUUAUUUAUUGGCACAGAUAAUGGAAUUGUGCUGAAAGUAAUCACAAUUUACAAUCAAGAAACAGAAUCAAUGGAAGAAGUAAUUCUAGAAGAACUUCAGAUAUUCAAGGAUCCAGUUCCUAUUAUUUCUAUGGAGAUUUCUUCAAAAAGACAGCAGCUGUAUGUUGGAUCUGCUUCGGCCGUGGCUCAGGUCAGAUUCCAUCACUGUGACAUGUAUGGCAGUGCGUGCGCUGACUGCUGCCUGGCGCGAGACCCGUACUGUGCCUGGGACGGCAUAUCCUGCUCCCGGUAUUACCCAACAGGCACACACGCAAAAAGGCGUUUUCGCAGGCAAGAUGUUCGGCAUGGGAAUGCCGCUCAGCAGUGUUUGGGACAGCAAUUCACUGGGAAUGCUUUGGAUAAGACUGAAGAGCUGCUGGCUUAUGGCAUAGAGAGCAACAGCACUUUGCUGGAAUGCACCCCACGAUCUUUACAAGCAAAAGUCAUCUGGUUUGUACAGAAAGGUCGUGAAACAAGAAAAGAGGAGGUGAACACAGAUGACAGAGUGGUCAAGAUGGAUCUUGGUUUACUCUUUCUAAGGGUACGCCGAUCAGAUGCUGGCACGUAUUUUUGCCAGACAGUAGAGCACAGUUUUGUCCAUACUGUCCGUAAAAUCACCUUGGAGGUAGUGGAAGAGGAGAGAGUUGAAGAAAUGUUUAACAAAGACUAUGAGGAGGACGGGCCUCACAAAAUGCCCUGUCCUGCCCACAGCAGUGUCCCACAGGGAGCGAAACCCUGGUACAAGGAAUUCCUGCAGCUGAUUGGUUAUAGCAACUUCCAGCGAGUAGAGGAAUACUGUGAAAAAGUGUGGUGCACAGAUAAGAGGAGGAAAAAGCUUAAAAUGUCACCCUCCAAGUGGAAGUAUGCCAACCCACAGGAAAAGAAGCUCCGUUCCAAAUCUGAGCACUAUCGCCUGCCCAGGCACACGCUGGACUCCUGACGGGCUGAAACCAUCUACUGUCUUUUGAAGAAUUUAUAUUUGGAAACACAAAGGAAAUGAGAAACCAUUCAACUUCAUAUUAAUUAACAGGAAUUUCUGUAAUACAGAAGUGACUAUAAAAGUUAUAAUAAAUUAUUCUAUAUACUCAUUUGACCAGUCAGAUAAAUCUCACAUGACAUUAACUAGUUUGUAAAACAGGUACAUUGCUUAAUGUUCUCAUAUUAUAUUUAUGAAAAAGGGAAAAUAGCUGUAGUUUUCAGUAACUUGGAUGCUUUUCUUAGUAAUUAUUUUACCCUUGUAAGACUUAAGAUUAGAAUGUUGAAGAAAAAUUAGAAUUUCAUAAUCAUAGAAUAUGAAAGUAUAUCUUUCUGAAUUUUUCUUUUCCACACUAUAAGACAUACAGAAUAUUGGAUACUUCAGCAUCCUCAUGUGAACUCUCUGCACUCUUUUGGAAUUAUUGUAUUAGUGUUGUCUAAGCCAGGAUUUUUAGGGAGCAGGUGUAUUGUGAUUGUCAUAAACCAUGAAGGAAAAAUGUCACUGAGGCUUGUGCUUUCAUAAGACAUUCAUUAAAUAAUAUUAGUGUUUCAUAACAAAACACAUCCUUUAAAACAUCACUUCAGUGUGAAAAGAGUGAAGCUAAGGUAACUUCUCAGAAAGAUACCAAAGGGUGUUGAAUCUAACCGAGCUAUGGUUAGAAUUCCAACUACUGUAAUCAAUUUUUGCUGCCCUCUUGUGGUAAUCUGUCUAGGAAAGAUUUGAAAACAGAUGAUCAGAUAAUAUAUGUAGUUCAUUUUCAGAAAUAAUGAACUUAAUUUUUAAAAUUUUUAAGUUUAUUUCAUGAUUUAAUAGAGAUUAUGUUUAUAGAUAGUUUAUUAUCUCAGUCAAAAAUAGUUUGCAGCGCUAAAAUGAGUUUCUAAAAGUGUUUCCAUAACAUCUUUUAGAUUUCAGCAAUGUUUUAUUUGUGAAAAAAAUGAAAAAGCAUUUGUUAUCAGAUAAAUUUUCCUUUUAUAUUUACAUACAGGAAAAUUGUUUGAGAUUCCUUAAUUACUGAGGUGUUCAGAGCAUUUUCACCUAUUACCAAAAUUCUGAAUUUGGAAAUAUUUCUUGAAGUCUUUCCUUUUCCUUACAUAUAUAACCAUUACCUUUCUAAUAUAGGAAAUUCUCAUAAGAUUCUUUUACUUAAAUUGAGAGCAAGUGGAUUAUACACAACAAUUACAAGUAUUCAUGUAGAAUUUUAAAUAUUUCAGUUUUCAAAGUUAGCUCAAGGCCACAUGUGCUCCUUAAGAUCCCCAAGUGUGAAACCAGUGUAUGGUGCCUCAUGAUCGCCUUAAUGUACACAGCUGUGAUUUAAUAAAACAAAACAAAACACAAAAAAAAGAUCCUCAAGUGUGGCUCCACAACAAAAUUCAAACUUCACAGAACAAAUCCCUCUACUUAAAGGAUUUGUUCUGUAGAAUUUGGAUUCAGUCAUAAGGCUGCACUCAAGGAUCCAGGAGGCCACAUGUGGCCCUUGAGGCUGCAGGUGCCCACCCUUGCUUUAGGCUGUAGAAUUAAAGGGUUGAUAACUUUUAAUGUUUGUAAUUUUAUUCUAUAAUAUAUAAAUAAGUUUAAAAAGUUUAUUCAGAUAAGUUAAAUUCCAAAACACCCACCAAUACAAAUGUAUUGAAAAUUGAAUCCUAUGGAUAAAUCACUUGCUAUUUACCAAGCGUCCACCAGAGGGCAUUGCUGCUCACCAAGAGUAAUUGAAAAGAGUAUGUAUUGGAAGUGAUUUUUAAACAUUGUAUUUCAAUAACAUCCUGCUUAAUUUGGAGAAAUAAAGUCACGAACAAAGAUCACAGGGCAGCAACAUGUAUGUCUGAUAUACUUAAAGUUAACAGAUAAAUCAAUAAUGCAUAAUUUACUGAAAAUAUUCUCCCAUUCACACAUAAGGAAAAAAACAGGUAAGACAUAAGCAACCUUUAUUGCCAUAACAAGACAAGUAGUUAAUGGUCGUAAUAAUGUAAUUUGUGAACUGAUAUUUAGUAGCUGAAACUAUAAGGCUGUGGAAAAUAACUUUUCUGAAAGUCUUAGGGAUUAAAUGCACAAAAAAAGCCAUUUAACCAAAAUAAGGUAACUAUUCACCAGAAAAGUAUUUUGCAUAAAAUGUCAAAAAUUGAUUCUUGGAAAAUUUAAUCCAAAGAAAACUUAUGAAGAUGAAUUAAAAGUAACCUGAUAAAAUUCUGAGGAAUCAGGUUCACAAUUUAGGGCAGCGCUAAAUUACAUAUAUAAUUAGGUGUGGAAUUAUAUGUACAUAUAUAUCUCAUAUCAUGCUUUUGUAUCACACUACUUGCCUGUUUGGGGCAGCUUAUGAGGACCAGGAAAGUAGAGGGAAAGAGAAAGCACGCACGCACCAGUUCAAGGAUAUGUCCUGUGCUCCCCAUGACUUUCAUUUUUCCCAAUAUCACUUCCUCCUCACACACCACCUACAAGAUAAAUCUCUAUUACCCUCACAAAAUACAAAGCAGUCGGUGUACACCGCUCUCUUGACAAUUUGAUUUGGAGAAUAUCACAAAAAUAUUCUUUAGUUCUAUCUGGGAUUAGAAUUUAAAAAUCAAAUCACUUUUGAGAAAUGCCCAGGCUUGGGAAACUACAAAUGAAUGGAUCCUGGAACUCAGGAAGGGCAUAUACUUCGGCACCUGCAGAGACUUGGAGGGAUUGAGAGUUUGCCUUUGAUGGUUACAUGUCGUCGCUAGGCAUGAACUUGAUAAAGGAGAGGAAUCAUACCCUCUGGGAACAUUAAGCUGAGCAAAAUUUAUAACCACUACCUAAUUUUUCAGGAGCACCUGCAUUAGGGUCAGUCUCCUGCUUCUGUUAUUCUGUUUUGGGAGAGGACCUGUGACUGUAGAAUGAGCCUUGACAUAGAACAGUGUUCACCUCCUUGCUCAGCAGAGGGUCACCCUGAGCUAGAGAUCCAGAUUUGGUAGCAAGGAAGAUGACAAUUCAAAGGAUUUUACUUCAUGCUUUGUGACUUUCUUCCAUGUCUAGCAGUCUUCAUUGCUUACUUUUGUGUUAAUUACUGAAUAUUUCAGUGCAAAGUAAUCAAGUUGGAGAAAUGGGGAUUAAAAAUAGAAAUAACACUCAUAAGAACUCUAGAGUAGAGGGAAUGGAAAAUCUUUGCCUGUUUAGUAAGUGGCAAUUCCAUAUAUAUUUUAUAGUUAUUUUCUUUUCAAAGUUAGUUAACUACUUAGCAUGUUUUUACUGAGAGUCCAAUAUUUCCUAUAGGGUUUAGACUUUUUGUAAAUCUUCAUAGUAAUUAAGAACAUUUGUAAAAUACAAUAAAUCAUUUUGAGUGCUGGCCUUAAGCAUGAAACAGAAGCUGUUGUCCUUAAAUAUGAACUGCUUUGUGACAUCUUUAGCCUGGAAAAUACAUUUAUGAAAAGUACUUACUAUUGUAUAGAUAUUUGAGAUACCGGGAGAAAAUGCCACACUUAGGAGAAUAAGGAAUCUGUGUUCUUUUUCUCACAGCAAAGGAUCACAAGGAGUUAUAUUUUAAAUAAAUACUCAUUUUCCAGGCCAACAACUGUUGCAGUUGAAUCAGAUAUAAAUAGAUUUUCAAUGAACAGUCUAUAUUGUAGCAGUGUUAUUUAAGCUGAUGUUUUGUUUUGUUUGUUUGUUUUCUUGGAAGGAUAGCUUUCUAUUUUGGCUUUCAUUAUAAAUUGAAUGUGUUCUGUUUGUAUUUAAAUGGCUUAGUUAUAAGCUAGAGCACUGUACUGGGGUAAUCUUGUCUGUAUGGCAUCCUUUUGUUUCCUUGGCUGGGUCCACAACAGCAUGUGCCAUAUUUUGUCAUUGAUUGUAAGUCAUGUAAUUUAUUAUCAUUUGGUAACAAGCUGCAAGGACCACUGACAAUGCUUCUCACUAUGACAUGGAUCUGCCAUUAUGUACACAUAAUUUAACUGUAUCAUCAUGUACAAUUACUAUUUGGUUCAACUUAGGUGAAAAAUAAACAUUUGCUAAACC